UCCAGACUCUCUUGAAGUCUCUUCUUCCUUCUCUCUCCUCCGCUUCUCUGCACGCCGUUCUUUUGUGGUGGUGAGGCUUCCGGCCGUCUUCCGUCGCCGGUCUCUUCAGCGGUAUCGCCGGAGAUCGAAUUUUACGCCGGAGGAGACGACCGACUCUGCAGUUUCCGCCAUUUUUUCUUGAUUUGUUCCAAUUUCUAGCUAAUUGUUUGGCUUUUGGGCUGCGACAGUUCAAGGCAAAGCUCUUCUUUUCCGUCGUCUAGAGGGGCGAAGAGCGAAACUCGGUUCUAAUCCAGAACAAUAAUCAAUAGCCCAUUUCAUUUGAUAUGCAGAUCGCGUGUCUCUCCUCUCCCAUUUCUUCGAUUAUUCCCCGUACCUCCAAUUCAAUAGUGUCGCCAUUGUCAUAUCCCCACCGCAUUUUCAAUCUCAAUUCCGGUUUGAACCCCAAAAACAGAUUCCCUAUCGUAUCUUACGAAAAGGUUUUUGAAUCUCGAACUGGUUCUAGUAGUUCCAUUUUGGCGAGUGUAAGAUGCGAAGAAGUUGUCGAAGCAGAUGACGAGUUCUAUAUGAGGAGGUGCGUGGAAUUGGCCAGGAAAGCAACUGGCUGCACCAGUCCUAAUCCCAUGGUGGGUUGCGUCAUAGUUAAAGACGGCGAGGUUGUCGGAGAAGGGUUUCAUCCCAAAGCUGGUCAGCCUCAUGCUGAGGUGUUUGCUCUUCGAGAUGCUGGUGACUUGGCCGAGGGAGCCACUGCUUAUGUGAGCUUGGAACCCUGCAAUCAUUUCGGGAGAACUCCGCCAUGCUCGGAAGCAUUGAUCAAAGCCAAAGUGAAAAGAGUGGUAAUUGGAAUGGUUGAUCCGAAUCCGAUAGUUGAUUCAUCUGGUAUCAAUCGAUUGAGAGAUGCUGGGAUCGAUGUAACUGUUGGUGCAGAAGAAGAUUUGUGCAGGAAGCUUAACGAGGCAUUCAUCCAUCGGAUGCUGACCGGAAAGCCUUUCCUUACACUUAGGUAUUCCAUGUCCAUCAAUGGCUGUUUUCUUGAUAAUCUCGGGGAAGGGGUCUCGGAAUCAGGUGGAUACUAUUCAAAGCUAUUACAAGAACACGACGCAAUAAUACUUUCCUCCUCGUUAUCGGAUAGUCUCUCAAGCAUUUCAUCUCAAGAACCAGGAGCUACCCAACCUGCCCAGAUUAUAGUAGCAGAUAGUGCACAACAGCCACCUGAACUAUAUCCUUCCAUCUCUGUGGAAGAAUCGGAUCCGAAAGUGGUAAUCUUCACCGAGAAAGAGAUGUCUGUUUCUGAACCGGAUAAGAACGAGAACAGGGUUGAAACUGUGGUGUUGGAUGAGAUGAAUCUGGACGCCAUCCUAGAAUACUGCUAUCGUCGCGGAUUCUGCAGUGUCAUGCUGGAUUUAAGAGGGAACAUCAAAGAACUUGAAAGGCUUGUGGGAGAUGGGAUCAAUCGAAAACUGUUGCAGAAGAUAGUAGUGGAGGUAUUACCUAUAUGGAGCGGGAAAGAGGAGAAUCUGCUCGGGCCGACGAGCUGCUUAGGGUCAUUGCCCGUGAAAGAUUUACAGUCUAAACACUCGGGUCGAAGCAUUUUGCUCGAGGGCUAUCUUUGAUGGUGCGCAUUCUUUUGUUACUGGUUUCCGCAUCUAAGAACUUAUCAGUUCAUGUUUCUCUUCAGGUCAGACUCAAGAAACUGAAACCCUUGUGGCAGUCUAUGUUCGGAUAGAAUCAAGAAAACAUGUCUACGCAUGCAUGCAUGCAUGCAUGCAUGUGUGUAACUCCCAACGUAGACUACAGACAGUGCAAAGGGGUUAGGUUUUUGCAAUGUCGCAAAGUUUUGUUUUUCCCUCCUUAAUAUGAACACUGCAGAGAAUAUUUAGAUAAAGGAUUUGAUCAUUUGUUGAUUGGAUUCAUAUACUAUGCGAAAUUGAAAUU